AUGGAGGCUGAGGAAAUGGUAAUGCGGGCAAAAGAGCAGCGCAUCCCGGCAAGGAGGUGGUCCUUUAAGAUGAAAGGGCUCAGUUCUACCUUUUCAUACGUGUUAGUUCAGUUUGCCUUGGGAUUUGAUGCGGUAUGUGAUAUACUUGAUGCCCUCAUCCAUGUUUCUACCCCAGUUGGAAUGUCUGAAUUUAGAGAAGUGUUUCCUACUGAUUUGCCUACUACGCCUCCGGAUAAAGAUAUAUAUUUCUGCAUUGACAUGAAACCUGGUACUCGCCUCAUCUCCAUUCCUCCUUAUCGUAUGGAUUUGGCACAGUUAAAAGAGGGCACAUCAGUUUUAUCUAAGAUUGGUCUAAGUUUUGGUUACCAUCAGUUGAAAAUUAGGCUUGAGGAUGUACCAAAAACGGCAUUCAGGACUCGCUAUGGGCACUAUGAGCUUCUAGUGAUGUCGUUUGGGUUGAGAAAUGCGCCUGCAUCUUUCAUGAGUUUGAUGAAUGUUAUGUUCAGACCAUUUAUGGAUUCGUUUCUGAUUGUUUUUAUCGAUGAAAUGGUUCAUUCAAAGAGUAAGGAAGAGCAUGCUGACCAUCUUCGUAUAGCUCUGUGUGACGUCCCGCCAUCCCUUCAGGCUGAACGCCACCCAACUAAGCAGCCAGCAGGCGCAGCAGGCGCAAGGAGACAGGCUGACCAAGCAGACCAGCAGCAAAGGGGGCCAACAGCAGCUGAAGAGACAGCCGUUACAACUGUUUCAGCUGUUACGGCAGUUACAGCCGUUACAGCUGUUACACUUGGUAGUGGGGCGGCAGUUUCAGGAGUUUCAAGCCAUUGA